AACUCUCUGUUAUUCCUCUUUUCUUGAUCCUCAUUAUUCUUAUCUUUUAUUUCUCAACUUUUGUACCUAAAUGGAUCAAAAUCUCCAUCAUCAGCCCAAGCUCAUGCACCACCGCUGUUGCAGCCAUGAAGGUACAACCCUUUGCCGAGAGGUUAAUAGUAUGGAGUGGGAGUUCAUCAGCAUGAGCAAGCAAGAAGAAGAUCUUAUUUACAGAAUGCACAAGCUUGUUGGAGACAGGUGGGGACUGAUAGCAGGGAGAAUACCAGGGAGAACAGCAGAAGAAAUAGAAAGGUUUUGGAUAAUGAAACACAGUGAUGGCUUUGCAAACAAGAGACGACAAUUAAGAAAAGUAUAGCUACUAUAUAUAUGAUGUCUUCUUAAAGCUUUUGAAGAAAGCAGUUUCUCUUUUUCUCUUUUCCAUUUUGUUUGGGGAAUCUUGGGGACCCUACUCGGUUUUAUCAUUUCAUUCUUCCUUUUUAUUGUACUUCCACUUGUGGAUUUCUAUUUUAUGCCUUUCUAAUAUCUUUUUUGGUGGUUUUGGGUUGUUAUGUCCAGUAUAUGUAAACUAGCUCUAGGUGGCAAUACUAUUAUUCUUGGGGCUUAGCCAAAUAGAUAUGUAUCCAGAAUAUUAACUAAUGGUGCAAAAUAUUAUUAUUAUAUCCA